CUCCAGCGGGGUAGAGACAACACCCAAUAGGAAGGUACCGUUGAAGCCCAGGCAGCCAUAACUAAUCAUGGCAACGGGAGUUUACGGGCCUCCCGUCUCCUCUGUGACGUAGUUUUCCCUUCGUCCUAUCCCUCCGUUGCCGUGGCAACAGCUAAGCGGUCUGGGAAGAGAAGCAUCUUUCCUUCACUAGGCUUGAAUAAAAAAUUGUCAGUCAUUUUGGUGAUACCGGGUUGGAUGCCUAAAGCUGCAAAGGAAAAAGACCAGGAGAACUUUCAGGUGCAUUUACUUAUCUAGUUAGGCAACAGGUGACUUGUCACCUUCAUCAGAAAUUCAAGGAAAAACUAUAUCCAGCCAUUCAGAUAUGGCAGAGGUGAAGUCCAUGUUCCGGGAAGUUCUUCCAAAACAAGGGCAUUUGUCUGUGGAAGAUAUAACCACAAUGGUGCUGUGUAAACCCAAACUUUUACCCUUAAAAUCUCUAACUAUGGAAAAACUGGAGAAAAUGCAGCAAGCAGCACAAGAAACAAUUCGCCAACAAGAAAUGGCAGAAAAGGACCAACAGCAAAUGACUCGCUGAAUAACUUAGCACUUCUACCUUACUAUUAACAGUAGCUAGAAAAUCCACCUGUAUGCUGAAAGUAGUAUGUGUUAAUAAAACUGAUAUUCAUAUAGGUAAUAUAAAAUACCCAAGACUAAUGAAACUUGCAUGGUUUGUAAUGAAUAUAAGCCAUUAACCAAACUAACCCAAAUCUUGUGUUUUUUUAUCCAAGUUUUUAGAACUACCAAUUAAGUUAGUAUUCACCAUUACUAUUACACAGCUGAUAACAUUCUUAGGCAUAAGUGACUAAAUACAACUUUUAUAUUCAGAGAAUUUUUAAUGUUUAUUAAAAACUGAAUUUAGAGAUACAUUCGAGUCUUGCAUUAAGUGUUCAUGAUGGACUUUUACAUUACCUAAUUUUUUAAACUUUUUAUGAACUUGGUGAGACAUAUUAUGUUUAAGGCUAUUUUGCCUUAAACAGAUCCUACUAGUCAUGACAAAACUCUAUUUCUUAAAAUAAACUUAAGAAACCCUCACAUGAGCUUUUAAUUAUACUGAUUUCAAGGACUUAAUGAAUUACUGGCUACCUUUAUCAUCCAGGUAUCAAAACCCUAGAAAUGGAAAACAACAUGGAUUUAAAAGAGCCCAUGAGAUAAACAUGAAAUUCAAUCUGUAGUGUUAGUCCUAAAAGAGUGUACUGAAACCUGUAAUAAAUAUAUUCCCAAAAAUA